ACCGACAUAACGACCAAUCCCAUUACUUCUAACUGAGCCGAAGAAAAUUUAUAAACAGUAAACAAACUGCUCAUGGUCAUAUGUGCGACUGGAAGGCCAUUGUCUCGACACUGAUAUAUCUGCGACUCUCACCAUGACAAAGCCGCUUACAGUUCUGAAGAGUGUUGGACCAAAAUUGGUUCCAUUCUUCAAGACCUGCACCAUUUUCUUUGUGCUGUUUGCUGAUACACCAGCUACAGAAACAAGCGCACCCUGGUUCUUCUGCAUAGUGAAAUGUCUUCCAAUUAUUUCACUGAUUCUGUUUGUUCUCUUAAAUGGAAUGAACAUCACAGAGUAUUACCGCUAUUCAAGACGGAUCCUUAUAGGACUCAUAUUUUCUUGCUUAGGAGAUGCUUGUCUUGUGUGGGCGAAGAAAUAUUUUGAGGUCGGAAUUGCCUGCUUUGCUAUUGCACAGAUUUGCUAUUCAAGAGCCUUUGGAUGGAAGCCGUUUAACCCAUAUGCAGGGGCAGUGGUGUUUGGACUCGGGUUUCUGGUGUAUUCGUUUCUCAGCACUGCCCUACAUGGAAUAAUGCUUUACAUGGUGGCAGCUUACAUCACUGUGAUAUGCACCAUGGCAUGGCGCGCAGUGGCCCGAGUUCAGUUCUUUGGCGAUCUCGUGAUUAAGUGGACCAAGCUGUCUGGGUGCUUCGGUGCUUUGGCUUUCGUGAUAUCAGAUGUCACCCUGGCCAUUGACAGAUUUAAGUUUCCGAUUCCCUAUGCACACCCAAUAAUCAUGGUGACAUACUACGCAGCACAGUUUGGAAUAGCUCUCUCUGUUGUGGAUAGCCAGGUUGAUGAACUCAUUGACUCUUCCAAAAGGGCUCAGAAAGAAAAGGAACUGGUUGAAACAAUGGAAAACAAGGACACUAAGAAUGGACAUGUACAAAAUGAAAGUGAUUCUUCCCAAAGUGACAUCUCAAUGAAUGAACCAUCAACGCCGAAAACACUGAUACAGCGAUGCAUUCCAGUAAAAUGAACUUAGCUGUAUGUAAUGAAUGGAGCGUUCCUGCAUUGUCAGUAUUUUCUGCAUCCUUCAGUGACAGGACCAAUGGUAUUAUAAAGAGUAAUAAUGUGCAGUGGAAACAUUACUCUUGAUUCUAGUCUCCUGACAGAGUGAUCAUGUCUCAUUAUCCCCACGCUUUUUGAAAAAAAGGUGGGGAUAUUGUGGUGAUCUCCGCCGUCCGUCCGUCUGUCCGUCUGUCCGUCCGUCUGUCCGUCCGUCCUGGCCACUAUCUCCUCCUACACUAAAAGCACUAGAACCUUGAAAUUUACACACAUGGUAGCUAUGAGCAUAUGUGCGACCCUGCACUAUUUGGAAUUUUGAUCUGACCCCUGGGUCAAAAGUUAUAGGGGUUGGGGUGGGGCCGCGUCAGAAAUUAUCACUCAUUUUUUUAGGUUAUUUUACAUUUACUUCUUUAUUUCUACACCGAUUCACUUCAAAUUGAUACUGGACCUCACCUAUGACAAUACGGUCAAUCUCAACCAUGCAUGGCCCCAUUCCCAACCCUGGGGCGCCCCGCCCACAUAGGCCACACCCACCAAAAAUUUCCAUUUACUAUAAUUUUUUCAUUUCUACACGGAUUCACUUCAAAUUGAUACUGAACUUUUGUCAUGACAUUAGGGUCAAUCUCAACUAUGCAUGGCCCCAAUCCCAACCCUGGGGCGCCCGCCCACAUAGGCCACACCCACCAAAAAAUUCCAUUUACUAUAAUUUUUUCAUUUCUACACGGAUUCACUUCAAAUUGAUACUGAACUUCUCUUAUGACAUUAGGGUCAAUCUCAACUAUGCAUGGCCCCAUAACCAACCCUGGGGCCCCGCCCACAUAGACCACACCCACCCAAAAUUGCCUUUACUAUAAUUUCUUCAUUUCUACACCGAUUCACUUCAAAUUGAUAUUGAACUUCUCUUAUGACAAUACAGUCAAUCUCAACUAUGCAUGGCCCCAUUACCAACCCUGGGGCGCCCCGCCCACAUAGACCACACCCACCCAAAAUUGCCUUUUACUAUAAUUUCUUCAUUUCUACACCGAUUCACUUCAAAUUGAUACUGAACCUCUCUUAUGACAAUACGGUCAAUCUCAACUAUGCAUGGCACAAUUACCAACCCUGGGGCGCCCUGCCCACAUAUGUCACACCCACCCAAAAUUGCCUUUUACUAUAACUUCUUCAUUUCUACACCAAUUCACUUCUAAUUGAUUAUGAACUUCUCUUAUGACAAUACGGUCAAUCUCAGCUAUGCAUGGCCCCAUUACCAACCCUGGGGCACACCUAUGUCAAACAUUCGGCGUGGGGAUACGCGUCGGCCUCUGCCGCGCCAUUUCUAGUUGAACUCUGAACCUUGUUAACAAAUAAAUACUUCAGUGCAAGUGUUUGUGAGGACAUUGUUGUUAAUUACAUAUAGGAGUGUUUUGUGUUCAUAGCUGGUGUAAUUUUAAAAUGCAUUAUGGCAUAAAAACUGCCCUUGCUUGUAGGUUACAAAAUGAACAUACAAUAAAGAAUUAAUGGGGGAAUUUUUUUUUCUUGUUUUAUUGGUCUAGAUUGACAGACUGGGUCAUCAUGAAUACAUUACUUGAAAGAAAAAUGCUUAUAGUUUCAUAAUAAAUAAUGGUGCAUUUUCAUACUAUUUUUGAUUAAACCAAAAGCAAGCAUAUGUUUGGGCUUUUUGGGGACUACACAUUUUUUAUUAGUUGAAGUCAUUUUUUUUAUUAGUGAGGCUGUUUUCGGAGAAAACCCGAGGUAUUGUCAUAGCCUGCUCGUUGUCCGAUGUCCGCCGGCGUCGUGCUAAAACAUUUACAUUGGCUCUAAAAUCAAAGUGCUUCCACCUGCAACUUUGAAACUUCAUAUGUAGAUGCACCUUGAUGAGUUCUACACGCCACAUCCAUUUUGGGUCACUAGGUCAAAGGUCAAGGUCACUGUGACCUCUAAAAAAAAUUCUUACAAGCUUUCGCAGCCGAGCGUGGCACCCGUUAUGCGGUGCUCUUGUUUUCCCCUUACAAUUAUUACAUGAUAUUGUUGUUUUUUAAAAAUGUAUGUUUUAAAUUUUUAUAUUUUAAACAUAUGGCUUUCAGCAAAAUAAACAUUUACUUAUUUAAUUUUAGAAUUCAUGCUAUUGGUACUUUCAAAUCACAGGACAUGUACAAUGAUAGGAUAUUGACUACUUCAUUUUUCGGGGAUUUCAAUUGAUUUUGAAAACAGAGAGUCAGGGGUUAUAAUGUGGACAAAUACUUAAGUCCAAAAUUAUUUUAUUUAUGCAUCUAAUCUUUAUAACAUUUGUAUCAAAAUAAUGCAAGCCAGAUAAUUUGCAUUAGUAAAUUGUCAGAGAGCAGGAUUCUACUUUACCGGGUAGUUAUAAUUCAUGUGAUCACAUUAAUAAAUACAUUUGACUUUUGAAAUUUUGAGAUCAAAAUACAUGAUGUACAUGAAUCUUUUGUUUUGAAAUAAAGUAUAAAAAACCUGCUUUCAAAUACAUUAAAUUGUGGAAUAUUAUGAAAAUAAUUACUACAAUAAUUUGUCUUUAUCUCAUUAACAUAUUUCUAAUUUAAAAAUAAAACACUUAAAGGUCUAGUUCUGUGAAGUGUGCCACAAUACUUCCAACGAUAUCAUUUGUAACCCAUGUAAUGACAUUGUAAACAGACAGGGCUUUAUGGUAAUUGUUGGCGAGGUGGCAAGUUGGCACAUAUUCAAUGUUUAUGGUUGUGUUAAUCCUCCAAUGACUUUUAAAUGUCUUUCAAACAUCAUUACUGAUGUAAAUGUGUAUCACUGUCAUCCGAAAGAAAAUGGCUUUAAAGUCAUUCUUUAUUGCUCCUUAGUUAAAAUUUACAUUUAAAUGUAAUCUCAAGUACAGUAGGUUGUAUAUUUUGUACAGAUUAUGCCUGAGGGGUUAUUUGACACCAACUACAGGAAGUGGCAUUACAUUGAAUUAACCUGAUAGGCAAUUUGACCGACAAUUAAUAAUAUUUGUAAGCAGGACAAAAACACAAAUUUGAUUGACAAAAGAUAAUUAUUACAUUGAUGGUAAUUUGUUUAGCCCCUGCCAGCCAGUUAUGAUUGUCAUGUUUAUGAACAAAUCUGAUCAACUGAUGGAUCAUUUAGUAUUGUUAUUACCAAUACCAGUAAACCUGGUAAUGUCAUGUUGUGAUGAAGUUAUUUUUAGACAGAAAUGAAAUACACAUUGUUUUAUAUGUCUUGGUUCUUUAAUCUUUAUUAUGCUUGUUAUUUUUAGGCAUUUACCGGUAAAGGGACUUGUUCACACAUAUGUGCAUUUUUAAGUAGAAAAUUUCAUAUCCUAACUAAAAAAAACUGUUCACCUUUAAUUACUUGCUGUAAUUGUCAGUGUCACCGUGCAAUAUUUAUCAUCAUAACUAUCUUAUGUGGUUUUAUGUAGUUUUUGUGACCAGUCUUUGUCCGUCGUCUGUCUGUCCGUCCACAUUUGUACGUAAACACUCUAGAGGCCACAUUUAUUGUCCGAUCUUCAUGAAACUUGGUAUAAUGCUAUGUCUCAUUAAAAUCUAUGUCUAGUUCUAAACUGGGUUGUGCAGGGUCUAAAACUAGGUCAGAAAAAAGAAAAAACUUGUAAACACUGUAGAAAUCACAUUUCAUGCCCAAUCUUCAUGUAACUUUUCUCAAAAUGUUUGUCUUAAUAAUAUGUUGGCCGCCAGUGGGUGGGGCAGUUUUCCUUAUUUGGCUAUAGAGAAACCUUGUAAACACCCUAGAAGUCACAAUUUUUGCCCAAUCAUCAUGAAAAAUGGUCAAAACAUUGGUUUUAUUGAUAUCUCAGAUUAGUUUGAAAAUGGUCCAGGUCGGAGAAAAAACAUGGCCGUCAGUGGGCGGGGCAUUUUUCUCUUUAUGUAUAUAGUGAAAACAUGUGAACACUCUAGAAGUCACAUUUUUGGCCCAAUUUUCAUGAAAUUUGGUCAGAACAUUUGUUUCCUUGAUAUGAGAGUAGAGUUCAAAACUGGUUCUGGUCAGUUCAAUAACAUGGCUGCUGGGGGGGGGGGCAGUUUUCCUUAUUUGGCUAUAGAGAAACCUUGUAAACACUCUAGAAGUCACAAUUUUUGCCCAAUGAUCAUGUCUUUCGAUAGUUGGUCAAAACAUUGGUUUUAUUGAUAUCUCGAACGAGUACGAAAAUGGUCCAGAUCGGUGAAAAACAUGGCCGCCAGUGGGCGGGGCAUUAUUCUCUAUAUGUAUAUAGUGAAAACAUGUGAACACUCUAGAAGUCACAUUUUUGGCCCAAUUUUCAUGAAAUUUGGUCAGAACAUUUGUUCCCUUGAUAUGAGAGUUGAGUUCGAAAAUGGUUACGGUUAGUUCAAUAACAAGGCUGCAGGGGGGGGGGCAGUUUUCCUUAUUUGGCUAUAGAGAAACCUUGUAAACACUCUAGAAGUCACAAUUUUUGCCCAUUCAUCAUGAAAGUUGGUCAAAAGAUUGGUUUUAUUGAUAUCCCGGACAAGUGCAAAAAUGGUCCAGAUCGGUGAAAAAACAUGGCCGCCAGUGGGCGGGGCAUUUUUCUCUAUAUGUAUAAAGUGAAAACAUGUGAACACUCUAGAAGUCACAAUUUUGGCCCAAUUUUCAUUCAUUUUGGUCAGAACAUUUGUUUCCUUGAUAUGAGAGUUGAGUUCGAAAAUGGUUCUGGUCAGUUGAAUAACAUAACUGCCGGGGGGGGGGGCAGUUUUCCUUAUUUGGCUAUAGAGAAACCUUGUAAACACUCUAGAAGUCACAAUCAUUGCCCAAUCAUCAUGAAAGUUGGUCAAAACAUUGGGCGGGCCAUUUUUCUCUAUAUGUACAUGUGAAAACAUGUGAACACUCUAGAAGUCACAUUUUGGCCCAAUUUUCAUGAAAUUUAGUCAGAAUAUUUGUUACUUUGAUAUGAGAGUUGAGUUUGAAAUGGUUCCGGUCAGUAGAAUAACAUGGUCGGCGAGGGGGAAGGGGUUCUUAUAUUGAUAUAAAAGUUGUGAACACUCUAGAAGUCACAUUUUUUGCCCAAUCAUCAUGAAACUUGGUGAAAAGAUUGCUUUGAUAUAUAUUUCAUAUAAUUAAUGCCAUAAUUAUUGCCCUUAGAUCGUCCAAAUGUUCAUUACAUUGUGUAUUAUACAAAAUCCUUGUAAACACUCUAGAGGUCACAAUAUUGUUUCAGAAUUUAUGAAUCUUGGUGAUAAUAUUUAUUAUUGUAAGCAAAGUUUGAAGUUUGGUAAGGGGGGUCAACUCAAAAUAUAGGCCACCACGUCAAAUCUUACAAAAACAAAAACACUCCAUAUGCCAGAGUCUUGGUUCAAUAAUGAUGAAACUUGACCAGGGUGUUUGUCUGGACAAUAUCUGGGUCAAGUUUGACAUUUGGUAAAGAUUGAAUGAACUGACUCCUCUCAGGUGAGCAAACUAGUUUGUUAGGUAGAAUGGAAAUACAACAUCAAGUAUUGUGAAACUUUGAUGUACUUGCUUGCAUAUUUGUUAUUUGCAUAUUUUGUUUGCACAUUGCAUAGCAUACUUAUGUUUUGAUGCGUGUUUCUGUGUAUAUAUUUUUUAACCUUAUGAGAAAAAAUAUAAUAACAGAUUUGUAGGGUGUGAAACAUGUAUGUUGUAUUGUAACUAAUGGAAUUAAUGUGCUUCAUUUUCUAUGCUAUUGUUUUUUUUUCUAUGAACAUGAGCUCUACAACUGUCUUCCAAUUGUUGCUUUACACCAUUAACAGGGUAAUUGGAUGCUGUUCUGAUGUUAAAUUUUAGUUAUGAUUGUAAGUUGUGAAACAAAAUAUAUGUACAGUGGAAACCCUCUAUACGGGAUCCUCUCUUUACCGGAAUCUCUCUAAACCGGACAUGUUAUCCGGUCCCAUUUUUCCCCUAUACAACCAUACGAAAAAUAUCUCCUCAAGACCGGAAUCCCCUCAAUUCUGAAUACCGGUCAUUUUUUUAUCAAAAUUGGGUCAUUCCAUACGUAAUUGUACCUCUCAAAACCGCUCAGGGCCGGUUGCACCUUAGACCUAGUGUCAAAAAGUGGUGAAUAGCGGAUUAAAUACGAGUGAAAUUAACAAAGGUGGACGAAACAAUUGCAAACUGUAAAAAUCGCAAAACAAUUUAAAGAUACUUGUCCUGUGAUGUACAUAUCGAUCGAUGGAGGUGAUAAUAUUGAAUAUAAUUACUGAUAACAAACAUAGAGUUCUUUAGUGUGCUUUGUUUUUGAUGUAGGAAGCCGUGCUGAAUUUUAAUAAUCUUAAUGCUAUUUAAUUUUGUGUUGUUUAUUACAAUUGCUUAUUUAGUGUCAUAAAAUGGUGAUUUGCAGAGUUAUUGAAGCGAAUGCAGUAAAAUAUUCAUUUAGAAUUUCAAAUUGUUGAUUAAGAUAACUAAGCCUAAAACAGUGAAUGAACCUCCUUCUAAGCAAAUGCGUGUGUAUUGUCUCUACAAGACAAAAUCAAAUUGAUAAGAGUCAGAGAUGUUCUCUAUACCUACACUAAGAAUGCUGUCAGAGAAAUAUGGGGUAGGAAAAUCAACGAUCGGGGAUAUCGUGUGAAAAGAGUAAAUUCACAUAACAAAUGCAUACAUGUAUAAAAUAUUGUUUUUCAGGGUGCACUGUUUGAUUUAUGUUGUGACAGUUAUUGCUGAUAUAUGUAAAUAAACUAUUAAAAUUUGCUGAUAUUUUUUCCACAUUAGGCUAUGUAAUUGACUUUCUGAAAGUAAAAUAGUCCCCUCUAAACCGGAAUCGUCUCUAAAUCAGAAUUUCCCGACUCCUGUCGGUCCCGAGGUUGUCCGGUUUAGAGGGGUUCAUUUGUAUUGGGUCCUCUUGUCUUUAGUCAGAACCAAUAAUUAUACAAAUUUAACAAAAUGAGCCAUCAUGCAGUUUGUUACUUUAUAUGCACUUUGGGUAUAGAUUGCAUUUUGUGAAGUUACAAUUAUUUUAGUGAAAAUCAUUGUAUCUUAAGAAAACUUUUAAUCAAAAACAAGAAAUCCAUGUAUGGAGUGUCAUAUAAUUUUGUAACACUUGAAUAAGUAUUAUAACAUAAUGAAAAGCAAUUAGUUAUUAUAACACUCAAAUGAUCACUUCCUGUGAUAAAGUUCAAGAGUUGAGUUCAGCAUGUGACUGUAAUAUAAUGAGAAAUAAACCUUGUGUGCACAAUGUGUGGUUAACUUAAGAUUAGUUGGUGCAUGAUUCAUUUAUUCAUGCGUCAUAUGUUCUUUAAAGCUUGUAGUGCGUAGACUAGAGAAGAUUUAUACCAAGCCUGUGUAGGGUCAUUGUUUGUUACUUGGUACUUUAUUUUCAGAAGAAAGAACAUUGCUCCUUAAGCCAAUAUCGCACAUGUUACUUGAAAUUAAAUGAAGCCUUUCAUUCUUCUUUUUGACGUCAUAGUGGUCUAAGACUUCUCAUGAUAUGUUGUUUUAGUUGAUGAUGAUGUUAAUGUACAUUUCUUCCUGUAACAGACAUGGUAUGAUUUUAAAGAGUUUUAUGUAAAUUUAUGCUGUGAACAGAACAAUGUUUGUGAAAUGGAUACAAUAUUUAUGAGCAUUUAAUUUUGAGUUUGGGUGGAAUUUUAGGAUCUAUUUGCACAUUUUCACAAAAUUGACAGUGUUUGGGAUUAAGUUGAACUUAUAAAACAUCCCCACUAUGCGCAACAUAAUUUGUUAUUCUAACAACCUUCUUUAACCAAAUGAAUAUAUUGUAAACAUAUGACCCGUGCUCUGUGCAAAGGGGGUUUAAUGCAUGUGCGUAGUGUCGUCCCAGAUUAGCCUGUGCAGUUAUUCAUUUAUUUAUUUUUUUAUGCUAUUUUUCGUUUCAAGAAAGGCUAAUCUGGGACGACACUUUACGCACAUACACUAAACCCCCUUUUCACAGAGCACAUAUCAUAUUUAUUAAAGUUGAACUACCCACAAUAUAAAGGUUAAUUAUCCCAGACAAAUGUAAACAUUAAGCAUAAGAAUUAAUUCUCCUUUUGAGUGUGUCCCAGUAUAAGUAUCUGCCCCUUUUUAGCAUAAAGAUACACCUUUUGUAUAAAUUUCCAUGCACACUAUACUCUGUAAAGGUUAGUAUUGAUUUAGUGACAAAUAAAUGUAAGGUUGUAAAUGUAUUGGAAAACCUCCAGAAAAUAUCACAUCUGUUUCACUGUGUGGGUUGUAAUCCAGUUGCUUAGAUACGAGGUAGAAGGCAAUUAUUAGCUGUUUUCUGAUUAUUUUGCAUAUUUUUGGUGGUAGAUGUAUUAGUAAUGAUGCAUGGUUACAUCUCAAUACUGCAAACAAAAUUACCAUAAAUAAUGUUGUUCUGCUUUUGAAUAUUCGGAAUAUGUUCUCUUUAUUAAUUAAUAUGGUUGUAGUACUUAAUUGUAUGUAUUAUUUGAUAUAUAUUAUUUUGUUUUUAUUGAUGAUGUGAUGAAGAUAAAAGAUCAUAUUUUUAUUGGUAUUCAUGAUUAUUUUACUUUUGUGCUGCUAAAGACUAAGAGGAGUGAGAAAAACAAUCCCAUUGUCAGGCUUUCAGAUGUAAAUGGAUGAACAAAAGUGUUAAUACAUGUAGUAAAAAAUGAUCGCUCUUUCAUUUCUUAUUACUGGUAAUCACUUUAUAUUUUAAGUAUGCUAUUUUUGUUUAAUAUAUUUGUGUUUUUAUUAACUGAAAUCUAUUCCAAUAUUGUUGCACUGAGUUUAUAUGUAAAGUAAAUGUAUAUAGGAGCCUCUGAGCCUCUCUCUGGCAAAAUAGGUCUUAAUGCAUGUUGUCAGCAAACUGUGCAGGCUAAUCUGAAACUACACUUUACACAUGCAUUAGGCCCCCUUUUUCCAGAACCAGGAACAUAUUGAUACUCAUGUGAGGAAGUUAAUCUCAGCAAUACAAUGCAACGUUGUCGUAUCAAUGCACUUUCAACCCUUUCCCCCAUAAGAAGCAAAGUGAAAAUGGCUUUUGCAACCAGCAUAAAACCAGAACAGCGUGAGAGUAACUCACAGUCUGUUCAGGUUUUAUGCUGUUUGCUGCUCAUCAGUAACAAAAGUUUUGGAAAUGAAGCCUUAAAAUCUUGAAUCUAGUAAUAAAGGUCUUAUAUUAAAUAUAACUUACUAAGGGACUACAUAUGUGUGAAAAUACGUAUCUAAAGGGUAAAGGGUUAUGAGCCCUUCUGAGGGUAAAUGGGGCAUAAUUCAAGUGCAUAAAAUAUAGUCCCAUAUUAGAUUGUGCAGUCCGCAUUGGCUAAUCAGGGACUAUACUUUCCGUCUAGACCGGAAUUUGGUUCAGAAGAGACAACCUUGUAACGACAAUACCAUAACAGCAGAAAGCGUGGUCCAGGAUUAGCUAGCGGAGACUGCACAGGCUGAUCUGGGACAAUACUUUUCACACAUGCAUUUAGACAGGUUUUCCCAAAGACUGGCCUUUCGAUAUGUUCUUAUAUAUCUGUAUAUACAGUGUAUGGCAGUUGAUUUAUUGGAUAAAAUAGAGCUAAGGUUGUCACUGCUGAAAUGCAGUAUUUACCACAUCCCAUGUAUCGAACAUUUUCUAAAUAUGGGAAACUACAAUGUUGUAUGACAUCCAGGCAUAUGUUUAACAAAGAAAGCCUGUUUUGUUAUUGCAUGCUAGAAAACAAGAAUGUUGUCAAGGGAAUUUCACAGAAAUAGAAAAUGCGUUGCUCUGAACAACAAGAUAAAAAGCAUUGAUGCCUUUUUAAGGGGUUAAGACUUUGUUGGUGUAUUUUACAAAUGAUUACACUUGUAUCAAAUUAAUUUGUUUGAAUUCACACAAGGAAUGUUGUCUUAUAAUAUAAUCAAUGAGCAUUAACUUUGGUAAUUUUAAUAAGGCCAUACUCUGUCAACAUCAAUGUUCACCGUGAAAUAUAGAAAGCCGUACUUAUUUGCAGUGUUUCUAUCAAAUAUUUAUAGCUGACAGAUUUAAUAUGUACUACUUGUACCGGUACAAGGAGCAUGAUGCCAUUAUUGAUAUUCGUGAGAUAACAACACUAUUGGGACUCCAUAAAUCAUUGUAAAUUAGCUCUAUACAGCUCAUUUAUUGUUACUGUUGUUUUGGGCUCCAUAUGGUUUAAUUCCAGCAUGUUUUCAAUUGUUAUGUUUAUUUGAAUGUAAAUAUGUUUGUAUGAGUUGUUUGUGGUGUGAUUUUCUUUUUUGCUGUUUGUCAACAAAUGUUAAUGUUUUCAAAUAUAUUUGCCAAAUGCAUGUUGUCAAACUCCAGUAAAAGGCUGCAUUCAAUGGUCAACUAUGGUUAUGCUGCACUAAGAAUAUUACACUUUCUUAUUAAUUUAAUAAUUUUAAUAAUAAUCUUCGUAAAAAAGCAACAUUCUGAUUGCCCAAAUGGCAAUAUUUAUUAUAAUAUUGUAUUAAUAGAAUAGAUGGUUAUCCAUAAUAUUUAUCAUGUUAUAAGUUGCCCAAUGAUCCAAUUAUUAUAACAAAAAUUAUACCACUUCUGGUCUUUGCUAUGAUAUUUUUAGCAUAAAAACACCUCAUGCAAAACAGAUAAAAGAUUGUGUUUUUGACUUUAAUGAAGACGUAUAUAAUUUUCAAUAUGAGAUAAAUUCAAUUUUUAAUAUCAACUCAGGCGAUUUAACUACAUCUGGUAAAAACUAUUUACUAUUGUAGCUAUCUCUUGUUUCAAUUGUAUACCAGUAUUCAGUUAAUGUUGGGUAACUUAUUGCUUAAAACAGACACUUUUUAAAUUUAAUCAUGUCAAAGUACUGUCAACAUUUUAGUUUGGGCAGAAGUUCUUAGAAGAAAAAGCUCUUGUAUUGAAAGAUAGAAUUUGAAAGUAUUGAUACAAUCUUUAUGUGAUAUUGGUAGAUGUGAUGUUAUUAUAUGAGGUCUUUCUGUUCACAUUCUUUACACAUUCACAUGUUAUUUAAUUGUUUCUUUUUUUCUAGUGUUUACUUAGAUAUUCUAGAAUAAAUUGUUUCACAGGA